GGCUGAAUUGGUUAAUCAUCGGAAGCAGAAACAGGGACCGAACGAUCCCCUUCCCGGACACGACGCCCCUAUCGCUCGCUGCUUCCCGUGCCGCGUGUCAGCGUGCGCAAAGCUCACCCUCAUCGCCGCCGCCACCGCCGCCGCCGCUCAACCCCAUCCCGCCGGCCCGCCCUGCUCCAUGGCCGCCAAGUGGGCCCAGAAGACCGUCGUCAUCCCUGCCCAGCGCCGCGGCUGCCACCUCAUCACCCCCAAGGUUUUGAGGGAGAUUGAGGGAGAUCUCUCCGGGUUCAAGUGCGGCUUGGCGCAUCUGUUCCUGCAGCACACAAGUGCUUCCCUGACCAUCAAUGAGAACUAUGACUCUGAUGUACAGGCUGACACCGAAACAUUCCUUAACAAAAUUGUUCCAGAGGUCAGUGCUCUGAUUUUUUUUCUUGUCUUACUCCAAAGUGUGAUCACUUACGUGUUGCUUCACUAUGUGUUGAUUAUUGUCAGGGCCGCUCUGCUCCUUGGAAGCAUACUAUGGAAGGACCGGAUGACAUGCCAGCACAUAUUAAAUCAUCAAUGUUUGGUUGUGCUCUGGCGUAUGUGUUUGCUACCUUCCUUUUUCUCCCAUUUCAUUUCUCUUCUACUUUUUCUAAAAAUAAUAAUAAGCUGUAUUCUUGCUCUAAAUUUCUCCAGAAUUCCUAUAACUGAUGGACAUCUCAACCUGGGCACUUGGCAGGGUAUAUGGCUGUGCGAACAUCGUGAUCAUGCCAGCGCUCGUAAAAUCGUGGUCACCCUCAACGGAAUCUAAAGGGAGUAUUAGAAACCUGGAGAAAGGAGGAAUGCUGGCCGGCUUUAAGCACCGGCAUGGAAAAUCAGGACCUGAGAGCUUUGAACAUGUUGUGUACGGGUCGUCGGUCUUGUAUGUAUGAAUGAGUAGUGCAAAAUUUCAAUAAAUUGGGAGCCAACAUGAGUGUUCAAAAGAUGGGCGUACCCUACCCAGUUGUUUGAAUAGAACAUAAGAGUUUCUCGUCCAUGUAGCUGAAGAAAUCUGUCUUUUUUCAUUAUAAUAUGAAUGAAGAAAGAAACAUGCCUUGCAAA